AUGUCUCAGAACAAUCCCAUGUCGACUCUUGCCAAUGGGCAACCAAGCGAAAAUCCCGGAUCGGUCCAGCAAAUUCGCUAUGGAAAAAGCAAUGGCGGCCUCAUUGUCUUGAGCGACACGCAAACCAUUGAAGUACUCGCUCACUUUGCUCGUGAACGUAUUCCAGAGAGGAGCGUACAUGCAAAGGCCGCUGGAGCCUUUGGCGAAUUCGAAGUCCUCGAAGAUAUCUCCCAUCUCACCGACGCAGACUUCCUCACGGGCAUCGGCAAGAAGACGAAAGUACUUACACGAAUCUCAACCGUCGGCGGAGAGAAAGGCUCCAGCGAUACUGUACGCGAUGUUCGUGGCUGGGCUACCAAAUUCUACACUGAAGAGGGCAUCCAGGACUUUGUUUUCAACGAUCUGCCCGUGUUCUUCAUCCGUGACCCGAUCAAGUUUCCGUCCAUGAAUCGCAGUCACAAGAGACAUCCCCAGACGAAUGUUCCAGACAACACCAUGUUCUGGGACUUUCAUCUGAAUAACCCUGAGGGUAUUCAUGCUCUGAUGCACCUCUUUGGACAGCGUGGUAUUCCUGCCUCGUUGAGAAACAUCAAUGGCUUUAGUGUUCACACCUAUACUCUCAACAAAGCUGAUGGUAGCUAUGUCUACGUCAAAUGGCACUUCCGCCCUGAUGAUGGAAUCAAGACAAUGGAUGCAGACACUGCUCAGCGACUAGCGGGCUCAGAGCCAGACUAUCAUGUCAAAGAUCUCUUCAAAGCCAUUGAGAAAGGAGAUUUCCCUUCCUGGGGUGUCUACAUCCAGGUCAUGCAACCUGAUGAGGUCAAGGAUGCGCCGAUUGAUGUUUUUGAUGACACUUAUACUUGGCCUUUUGAGAAGUAUCCUCUCAGGCUUGUCGGUAGAAUGACUCUUACCAAGAAUCUCAACAACUACUUCCAAGACUUGGAGCAGGCGUGCUUCUCGCCUUCAAACAUGGUUCCUGGCAUUGGACCAUCAGCGGAUCCUGUACUGCAAGCAAGAAUGUUUAGCUACCCAGAUGCUCAUCGCUACAGAGUCGGGCCCAAUUACUUCCAACUCCCCUGCAACAAGCCCAUCAACAAGGUCUACGCCCCAUACGUCCGCGACGGCCCAGGCACCAUCAACGGUAACUACGGAGGCGAUCCUGAUUAUGUCGGCUCAGAGCUUCGUCCAGUCAGUAUGAGCAAGCGUGUCCAAGUUCCUACCCACGAGGAUUGGUCUGGCCAUGUCACAGCUUUCGCUACUUCCAUCACCGAUAAGGACUUUGAGCAGCCCAGAGCGCUGUGGAAGAUUAUCUGCAAAGAACCAAAGGGAAAGGAGCAGUUCUUGCAUAAUAUUCUUCCGACGUUGAGCGAUAUUCCCGACAAAAUGAAGGAUCAAGUGGUUGAGUAUUUCGGUCGCGUUGAUGGAGAUCUCAAGGCUUGUCUAAAAGAGGGGCUUGGGAAGUAA